CCGUCUAUGGUGCAGAUGGAGGAACCGGACAGCGGGUGCUGUUGCUAGCUAAUAUUCGUGAUAUUUCUAAAUGAGAAGUAUUUAACUAUAUCGUUUUCUAAGCACUUCAGUUAAACUCCUAUUUUAUUAUGUUGAGUAUUCCCAUGAAAUUGUAAGCCUAUUUAAUCCGUGCGUUUUGUACAGUAUUUAUUUCGCAGCAAGUAGCUUAGCCCGGUUAGCAUCUUUGUUGGAAGUUUAGGCCUACUGUGCCACCGCUCGUCGAUUUUAACAAUAGCCGCGAUACACUCCCCUGUGCUUGUUUUGAUACAUUCAGAGGAUUAUCUUGAAGAUAAACGGACUAGAACAUGGGAGAUAAACAGGUUUGGGUACCUUUCCGCAACUGAGACGUUUGUUGUGCAGACGGACUUUUAAUUUCACUGGAAUUUAAGACGUUUAGCGACCUGCAUCACACAAAAUACAGGAUCACAAAGGAAGAUGUCCAACGGCGCAGCAGGAAGCGGGGGGCUGGCUUGGAUGGAGGCUGCUAAUGGCAGAGGUGAUACCGGCAAGAUGGAAGGGGCCAAGAAAGACAAGGCGGGCUCCAAGUUAUCAGUGGAGCGAGUUUACCAGAAGAAGACCCAACUAGAGCACAUUCUUCUCCGUCCAGACACAUACAUCGGCAGUGUGGAGCCCACGACCCACCAAAUGUGGGUUUUUGAUGAAGACAUAGGAAUGAACCAGAGGGAGAUCACCUACGUUCCUGGACUGUACAAAAUCUUUGAUGAAAUUCUUGUCAAUGCAGCAGACAACAAACAAAGGGACAAGAACAUGACUGCCAUUAAGAUCACCAUCGAUCCUGAGUCCAACACCAUUUCUAUCUGGAACAAUGGUAAAGGAAUACCUGUGGUGGAGCACAAGGACGAGAAGAUGUAUGUCCCAGCUCUCAUUUUUGGUCACCUGCUCACCUCGAGCAACUAUGAUGACGAUGAGAAAAAGGUCACAGGUGGAAGGAACGGGUAUGGUGCUAAACUCUGCAACAUCUUCAGUACCAAGUUCACAGUGGAAACUGCCUGCAAGGAAUACAGACACAGUUUCAAACAGACAUGGCAGAACAACAUGAGCAAGACUUCUGACCCCAAGAUCAAGUUCUUUGAUGGGGACGAUUUCACCUGUGUGACAUUCCAGCCAGACCUAACUAAGUUCACGAUGGAGAAACUGGACAAGGAUAUUGUAGCGCUUCUUACCCGCAGAGCAUAUGAUGUAGCUGGCUCCUGCAGGGGCGUUAAAGUCACGCUGAAUGGCAAAAAACUACCUAUUAAUGGUUUCCGCAGCUAUGUGGAUCUGUAUGUAAAAGACAAACUGGACGAGACGGGUGUGGCCCUGAAGGUGGUGAAUGAGACUGUAAAUGACCGGUGGGAGGUUUGCCUCACCCUGAGCGAGAAGGGAUUCCAACAAAUCAGCUUUGUUAACAGCAUCGCCACUACCAAGGGUGGCAGACACAUUGACUAUGUGGUGGACCAGAUAGUGGCCAAACUUAUUGAAGUGGUAAAGAAGAAGAACAAGGCAGGAGUGUCAGUCAAACCAUUCCAGGUGAAGAACCACAUCUGGGUGUUUGUGAACGCGCUGAUCGAGAACCCCAGCUUUGAUUCCCAGACCAAGGAGAAUAUGACACUCCAGACCAAGAGCUUCGGGUCCAAGUGCCUUCUGUCAGACAAGUUUGUCAGGGCUGCAACCAACUGUGGGAUUGUUGAGAGUAUACUCAACUGGGUGAAGUUCAAAGCUCAGACCCAGCUGAAUAAGAAGUGCUCAUCUGUGAAGCACAGCAAGAUCAAAGGGAUCCCCAAGCUAGACGACGCCAACGAUGCAGGUGGCAAACACUCUUCUGAAUGCACACUCAUCCUCACUGAGGGAGACUCGGCCAAGUCUCUGGCUGUCUCUGGACUAGGAGUCAUCGGGCGCGACCGCUACGGAGUGUUCCCACUGAGAGGGAAGAUCCUAAAUGUGCGAGAGGCAACACAUAAGCAGAUCAUGGAAAAUGCUGAGAUUAACAACAUUAUCAAAAUCGUCGGCCUUCAAUACAAGAAGAGCUAUGACGACCCAGAGUCACUGAGGAGCCUGCGCUACGGCAAGAUCAUGAUCAUGACAGAUCAGGAUCAAGAUGGCUCCCAUAUCAAAGGUCUGCUUAUCAACUUCUUUCACCACAACUGGCCAUCUCUACUGAAACACACAUUCCUGGAGGAGUUUAUCACACCCAUUGUCAAAGUGACCAAGAACAAGCAGGAGCAGGCCUUCUACAGCAUUCCAGAGUUUGAUGAGUGGAAGAAACAGACAGAGAACUAUAAAACUUGGCAUAUAAAGUACUACAAAGGUUUGGGUACAAGUACAAGCAAAGAGGCAAAGGAAUACUUUGCUGACAUGGAGAAACAUCGCAUCACAUUCAGAUACAGCGGUGCAGAGGACGACGCUGCCAUUACUCUGGCCUUCAGUAAGAAGAAGACAGAUGACAGGAAGGAGUGGCUGACUAACUUCAUGGAGGACAGACGCCAGAGGAGGAUGCAUGGACUGCCAGAGCAAUACCUCUAUGGAACUCAGGCCAGGCACCUCUCCUACAAUGACUUCAUCAACAAAGAGCUGAUUCUGUUCUCCAACUCUGACAAUGAGAGAUCCAUUCCAUCCUUGGUUGACGGCUUAAAGCCAGGCCAGAGGAAGGUGCUGUUCACCUGCAUGAAGAGGAACGACAAGAGGGAAGUGAAGGUAGCACAGCUGGCUGGUUCAGUGGCAGAGAUGUCUGCCUACCAUCAUGGAGAGCAAGCUCUCAUGAUGACCAUAGUGAACUUGGCCCAGAACUUUGUGGGCAGUAACAACGUGAACAUCCUGCAGCCACUGGGUCAGUUUGGUACUCGCAUCAAUGGAGGCAAAGACGCUGCCAGCCCUCGUUACAUCUUCACCAUGCUCAGUCCUCUAGCCAAGCUGCUGUUCCCGGCGGUGGAUUCCAACCUGCUCAAGUUCCUGUACGAUGACAACCAGAAGGUGGAGCCUGAGUGGUACAUUCCCAUCAUUCCAAUGGUGCUGGUGAAUGGUGCCGAGGGCAUCGGGACAGGCUGGGCGUGUAAGAUCCCCAACUACGACCCCCGAGAGAUCGUCAACAACAUCAAUCGCAUGCUGAACCACCAGGAUCCCCUGCCAAUGCUCCCGAGCUACAAAAACUUCAAAGGGUUGAUCCAUGAACUGGGUCAGAACCAGUACCUGGUCAGUGGAGAGGUGUCAGUCAUAGACAGAAACACCAUUGAGAUCACAGAGCUUCCUGUUCGGACAUGGACACAGGCCUAUAAGGAGUCUGUGCUGGAGCCCAUGUUGCAGGGCACUGACAAAACACCAGCUCUCAUCAAUGAUUAUAAGGAAUACCACACAGAUGCCACAGUCAAGUUUGUGGUUCGCAUGUCUGAGGAGAAACUGGCCCAGGCCGAGGCAGCUGGCCUUCACAAAGUCUUCAAGCUGCAGUCCAGCCUUACCUGCAACUCCAUGGUGCUGUUUGACCACAUGGGUUGUCUAAAGAGGUACGAUUCAGUCCAAGACAUUCUCAAGGAGUUCUUUGAGCUCCGCCUGCACUACUACAAACUGAGGAAGGACUGGUCACUGGGCAGCAUGGGAGCCGAGGCGGCCAAACUGUCCAACCAGGCUCGCUUUGUGCUGGAGAAGAUCGAAGGAAAAAUUUCAAUUGAGAACAAAUCCAAGCGUGAACUGAUCCGCAUGCUGGUCCAGAAAGGCUACGAGUCCGAUCCAGUAGCUGCCUGGGUCAAGGCUCAGGAAAAGGCUCAGGAAGAUGAUUACCGUGACGCAAACGACAGCGACAGCUCUGUGGACUCCGGCUCCACUUCGGGGCCAAACUUCAACUACAUCCUGAACAUGCCUCUGUGGUGCCUGACUAAAGAGAAGGUGGAGGAGCUGCUCAAACAGAGGGACCAAAAGAGAGCAGAGCUGAAUGACCUCCAGAGGAAACAUCCAGAGGAUCUGUGGAAGGAUGACUUGGCAGUGUUCAUUGAGGAGCUGGAUAAACUGGAGGCCCAUGAGCGAGAGGAGCAGAGUUUAGGUAAGGCCGUUAAACUGGUGAAGGGGAAGGUGGGCAAACCUAAAGUGAAGAAGAUGAACCUGGAGGAGACCAUGCCCUCGCCAUUUGGUCGCAGAGUGGAGCCUCCUACUCAGCCAAUCAAAUCCGAUGCGGCCAAGAAACUGACCAAAAAGAAGAAGGGUGACACAGAUCUGUCGGUGAAGUUGGAGUUUGAUGAUGAUGGUUUGGGCGGUGAUGGCGGAACAGGCGAAAACUCUGUGGCCAAACCGAAGGCUCCACGUGUGAAGAAAGAGAAGAAGGAGCCCGGAGCUCCCAGAGUGAGAAAGCCUCCAGGACCCAAAGCUGCCUCUGUGAAGAAGGUGAAGAAGAGAAACCCCUGGUCUGAUGACGAGUCCAAGUCAGACAGUGAUCUGGACAGUCAGCCCAUCAUCCCCAGAGAGAACAAGUCCCAGAGAGCAUCAGCUUCCAAACCAAAAUACACGUUUGACUUCUCGGAGGAGGAGGAGGAGGAGGCAGAUGAAGAGGAGAAUGGUGACGAUGAUGUGGUUUCUUCUCCAGUGAGGUCAUUUAAAGAUGAUUUCACUUCCUCUGAGACCAAGGAGCGCUACAGCGACCAUCAAGAUGACGACGACGAAGACGACAACAAAGACUCUUACUCUCCCCCGAAACAAAAGACCACGUCUGCACCUGUAGCUAAAAAGAAAGAGACAACAAGCAUCUUCUCAUCCAAGACGGCCUUCUCUGAAAAAAGCAUUGACAGUGAUGGGUCCAAGUCUGACAGCGAUGAUGACAACGGCCCAGUAUUCUCUACGUACUCCAGCAGCUCCGCAUUUGACAAACUGUCGCCAGCAAAGAAAGCAGCUAAGAAGCCCUCUGAUGCAGCUCCCAAACCCAAGAAGCCUCCAGCACCAAAAGCAAAGAAACCAGAUAAAUCCAUCUGGGACUCAGACUCUGACACGGGGUCCAAGAAGCCAGCACCAGCCCUUAAAGGUAAAGGCAGGGGGAGGAAGAGGAAGGGCUCUGGCUCUGAAGAAGAUUACAGUCCCAUGAAGAAAACGGCAAAACCUGCCGGCAGAAAGCCUCAGAAACCUCAGAAACCUCCAUCCGAUGACGAGGAUGAUGACACCAACAGCAUGAGUGCGAUGAACACUCUGUCCCGUGACCGACCGGGCCGGUCCAAAAAGGAGGUGAAGUACUUUGACGAGUCAGACAACGAGGAGGACGACGACGAUGACGACAUGUUUGAUUAAAGCAACCCUCGGUCACUUUCAACCACACUCUGCUUGUAUGGAAGUUCCCUCCUCCUCCUGUGUUCCCACAGACUUUUGUACAUUUCCUGUCUCAUUUUCUUUUCAUUAAUGGUGAUGUUCAAUGAUUUUUAAUGUGUAGGUGUUUUACACUUUUUAUUAUACAUAUACAGGUUUCUUUUUUUAUGCUCAUUGAAAUGUUCUGUAUUUGUCCGAAGCGGCUUUUAGAAGUUUAGAACGCUGUGCUUUAGCACAUUUUAAUUGUUAAAAUACUAUGUAACUUUUUGAACAUGAAGUUGAAAGUAAACAAUGAAAUGUC